AUGGAACACAAGGUCCCACUUUCUCAAAGCAAGGUUCUUAACUGGGAUAUAAAUGAUAUAAAGCUUCCACAGGUUUUGGAAAAAACAGAUUGGUUCCAAGAGUGGCCUGAUUCCUAUGUGAAGCAUAUUUAUAGCUCUACAGACAAAAAUGCACAGAGACACCUUAGUGGUUGGGCAAUGCGGAAUACCAACAAUCAUAACUCACGUAUCCUGAAGAAGUCCUGUCUUGGUGUUCUUGUCUGCACCAAUGACUGUACAAUGGCAGAUGGCAAAAAAGUAUAUCUAAGGCCUGCCAUAUGCGACAAGGCACGGCAAAAGCAGCAAAGUAAACUAUGCCCAAACUGUAAAGGCUCAUUAAAACUAGUGUCGUGCCGUGGCCAUGGUGGAUUUCCAGUUACCAACUUUUGGAGACAUGAAGGACCAUUUAUAUACUUUCAGACAAAAGGUGUUCAUGACCAUCCGAAACCAGAAACCAAACUAGAGUCAGAUGGCAGAAAGCCUGCACACAAGAAGCGCACAUCUAUUGUAUCAACAACCUCAGAGCACAAGAGGAACAGAAAUAUAAAGGUUCCUCUCUUAGGAGAGAUAAACCAUGAAGAUAUACCAAAUAUAGCCUUGGGCCAUCAGAACUGUCCUCUCUUCCCACACCUAAAUGACAUGGAGAUAGAUCAGUCAACAAAUGAGCACGUGCAGCAAAACAACUACUUUACUGAAAAUAGAAAUGAUUUGGAGUGGAAUAUAAAUCCUCGAAGUGGCAGUUUCAAUGAGAGUGAAGAGUACAAUGAUGGAGAUUGGCUUGCUUCUGCAAUGGAUUUUGAUCUGCAAAGUGAUGAAGACCAGCAGGCGGGAAACUCCAGUCAUGACAUAGAAAGCCCACAAUUCAACUUCACUGAAACACUUGAAAAUCUGUCCUGGGUAAUGUCCCCUAUCCAGAACUGCCAGUACCCAAACAUAGAGCCAUCCUUAGUUUUUUAUUCUACAUCUAAAGAUCGUGUUGUCAACCUGAAUUUCAAUGAAGAUAAUGAGUCCUACCCAUACAGAUACUACGGUUCUCAAUUAUCUCCACCUUUAUAGAACUUAAAGACAAGGAUAAAAGCACCUCACAUUGGGAGUAAAAUAAAAAGUGUUUUUUUAUCAGUUUCAACAGACUAUUACAAAAAAAACAAAAAAAACAUGGACAUUAUUAAAGCAAAAUAUUGGUUCUAGAUUAUGUAAUUGUUGGUACUAGACCAUUAGUAUUUUGGGUCCU